AUGACGCGAAAGGCCAAGACGGCCAUCGUUGCGCUGUCGACUUUGAUCGUGUACAUAUCCGUCAACAGUCUUCUCCGCACCUACCGACCUUCUUACUUCAUCUGGUGUGAUGAAGAUCGAGACGAUUUCCGCUGGAUUGCGACCUCUCGCUCAUGGCUAGAUCGUAAGAGCUGUCGCUGGUUCGGCAUCUGCGGUUUGUGGCAUUUACACGUCGCUCGUGGGCCCUUUGGACAUCGCAAUCCGGCCAAGUGGUCAGGGUCUGAUGAGUCCGAUGAGUUCGACCCUUGGCGGUCAUUCUGGUUAAGCGGGGCCGAUGAUGCCAAGUGGGAUGCUGAAGAACGGGCGCAGCGGAAGAUCCCCAACUAUGUUUUUGACUAUGCCCCACUAGUCCAUCUUUAUUCCGGAGAGCAAUUUUGGCCGAGCGAUAUUGCGGAGCAUCUAUACCACACGACCCCAGCCCUGAAUUAUACCACUAUCGAGACGAAAUCCGAUCACCCGACUCUAAAAAACCUACAUGAACUUAAUCAAUGGGGUACACGAAACGUAUUUCUGACCAGCAACGACGACGUGUCAUCCCGUCCUCCGUGGCUUGAGGGAGAGAAUAAUAUCCCACAAUCCGGUGAUCGAGUACAAGAGUCAUGGGCCGACUGGGACGGCCGAGUGGAUGGAAAGAUACCGGGUGACACUCCAGAAGAUCGUGCGCACUGGUUGGACUUAAGACACCUCGAGCUGCAUGAGCAUGAGCAGGAGCAGAAGAGCCCCGAAGCGCUAGAACGGGACUCCUUGGAAGCCCAUCAACGCCUGCGACAGGAGUUGCGAAAACGAUAUGGCGGGAAGCCGAUCCAGGAGCCGAUCAACGAUGGCCCUGAUCACGACAGAAAAGGAGGUCGCAGCGAUGCGCCAGCGAUCUUAUUGGUGAUGGACAAGGGCGAUGGAGUUGUGGAUGCUUUCUGGUUCUUCUUCUACAGCUUCAAUCUCGGCACAACCGUCUUCGAUGUGCGAUUUGGAAAUCACAUUGGCGACUGGGAGCAUUGUUUAGUGCGAUUCCAUCACGGUCAACCCAAAGCUUUGUUCUUCAGCGCUCAUGCUGCAGGCGAAGCAUAUAAAUAUGAAGCAGUGGAGAAAAUAGGCAAGCGGCCUGUCAUAUACUCCGCCGAAGGGAGCCAUGCUAUGUAUGCCACUCCCGAUGUACACCCAUACAUCCUUCCAUUCGGCAUUCUAUACGACGUUACCGAUAGAGGUCCAUUGUGGGACCCGACGCUCAACUCGCAUACUUAUACAUAUGACUUCGAUAACGACAAGCUACGCGCUUCAACCUUCAGUCCAAAUGCGCCGACGGAGUGGUUCGACUUUAAAGGUCAUUGGGGCGACAAAUUCUAUCCGCUCAGUGACUCCCGCCAAUACCGAUUUGCUGGUCAAUAUCACUUUGUCAACGGACCUCUUGGACCGCGGUUCAAGCAUUUGAAUCGAUACAAGGUCUGUCAAGGUCCAGACAACUCCCACUGCGCCGUUAAAGAUUUCAUUGGAGAAGCUGGAAGAAUUCCGCAAUGGGGCCAAUACGGCACCGGGGAGUAG